CUUACUUUUUGGUGGAGAAUUAUUUACCCGCGUAUUCGCUCUUCCCCAUUUCUAGGGCUUCAUCACCCCACUUACACCGACAUACAGGGCCAAAUUUUAGUGUACGUGUAGCUGACAGAGCAAUCUAUGGGCAAGAUUAAACUAAAGAAGGCAGUGGGGUAUGCCAAACAAGAUACAAAAGUAUUGAAGCCAGAACCAAAGAUUGAGAAGAACAAUGGCAAACAGAAUACCACUCCAAAGAAGAGCUUGCUCAAAGUGGUAGAAGUGGGCCAUGAGGCUCAGCCCGAAAACUCAAAAGUUGACGCUAUCAAUGCAAACGACAAUAAGACUAAGACACAGGAUGAUAAUAACAAAGAGAGGAGUGAUGAUGGAACUAAGGUACAGGAUGAGAGAAAGAAGAAUGGGGAUCGGAAAAUGGCUGGUUUGAUAUUUAUGUGCAAUGGUAAGACCAAGCCUGAUUGCUUUCGGUACCAGGUCAUGGGUGUUCGUAGUGGAAGAAAGGAGCUUGUGAUGAGCAUCAAGCCUGGUCUUACGCUCUUCCUCUACGACUUUGACCUCAAGCUCUUGUAUGGUAUCUAUAAGGCAGCUUCCCCAGGUGGGAUGAAACUAGAGCCUAAUGCAUUCAAUGGCGAAUUCCCUGCACAGAUGCGAUUUAAAAUUCACAAGGAUUGCCAGCCCCUUCCCGAGAGUGUAUUCAAGAGAGCUAUCAAAGACAACUACGACAAAUCAAACAAGUUCAAGUGCGAGCUCACUUCUAGUCAGGUCCAUAAGCUUAGUGCACUCUUCCACCCUGCUACAGUGAUCGAGCGACCCAUGUUUGCGCCUCCUUCUGGAAACCCAAUUGAGCCCACUCCAAGAACCACUGUACCAUUAGAGCCUGUGGGAACCAGGAGAGAAGCCUUGCCUGCACCUAGAGAUCCUCAUUAUCUCAAGGGUGUUAGGCAAUACUAUCCAUCUGGCUCUGAAAUGGAGCCACAUAGGCUUACUAAUGGACCAAAAGAGGGACAUCGUCUUGACCCACUUUUUCUUACUGAAAAAGAGUACAGAACAUAUGGGUUAGUGUCAAGGCCACAUCCAGUGGCUACCACUUCUACUACUAGUAUGGAUCCCUAUAGUCGGGAAAGGCCUCACCAAGGGACUUCAACUUCUGCCAUUGACAUGGAUCCCUAUGGUAGGGAAGGGGCUUACCCGGUGGCUUCCACUGCCGCUACUGGUAUGGAUCCCUACAGUAGCGACAGGGCUUAUCCAGUGGCUUCCACUGCUGCUACUGGUAUGGAUCUCUAUAAUAGGAAUCCGUAUCACUCCUAUGUUGUUGGGUCUACUACAGCAGACCACUCCUAUGUCAACUCUACUCUAGAAACAAGUGCAGCUUUGUCUAGAAGAAAUUUCCCCCGCCAAGUUUCGUCAGGUUUGGCUGACCCAUAUCGUGGUUCAAAGUAUGGGAAUCAGCAGCUUUCGAGGUCGGAUAGUGGAGCCAUGCCAGUUUCCUUUCGUUAUACAUUUCCAGGUCCACCAUAUUUGUGAAGCUUUGGGGAUCAGCUCAGCUCGUGUAUGACCAAAAAAGAAAUUUUACUUUGUAGAAGUAACGAAGCAAUAAUCGGAACCAUGGUGGUAUUGUGGCUCUGUCUCAAAAGAAGAAGCAAGCAGGGCAAUUGGUGGUAAUUGGCUCUUGCUUUGCGACAUUCGCUCUUGUUAAUUACCUGUGCUCUUUCCUGAACUCUGUCAGCCCCUUUGGUUGGGGUGCUCUUAAGCUGCUGCCUCUGCAAGAAGAUCCAUGAUGUCGGUUUUUGUGCCUUCUCCGUAUCAUCUUUAAUCUGAUGUUGUAUUUUGACAAUUGUACUCUCUUGCAAUUACAUCAUGCUUGAUGAGUGUCUCUUAUUCAUUCAGAAAUGAUUUAAGACUUUUCUGUUAUUUUUCUUAUUUUUAGGGAGUUCUGCAAAGACAGAAGAAUUUGGAUAUAGCAUCAGCUAGGAACGCUAAAAGGGGCUAUGGGAUUUUAUGCCUCCUUCAGUUGUUCUGUCUAUAUUUCUGUUUUAUUUAAUUGAAUUUUUGCUGAA